AUGAGAUAGUCUGAAAUAUUGAUUAAAAAUAAAGGUCAAAUUGAUUUAUCACUUUAUCAUCUUACUUAGCAUUUAAUUAAAAGAUUUAUGGAAAAAAAUAAUAGACUUGCUAUUAUUGGUGCUGGCCCUGUGGGUUCUGUAUUAUCAAUUUUAUUCGCACAAAAAGGAUAUAAUAUUGAGCUAUUCGAAAAGAGACCUAAUCCUCUAGAAACUAUACAAUCUAGCGAAUGGAGAUCUACAAAUUUUAUAUUAGGUUUAAGAUCACAUGAGGCUUUAUAGAGAUGUGGCGUCUUUGAAGAAAUUUAAAAGUUCUGUGUUAGACUUGAUUAAAUGAAAUUCAUUUUGCAAAAUCAAGAUGAGUUUGAUAUAUACUUUGGAGGAAAAACAGAAAAAGAAAGAAGCUAUUCAAUAAAUAGAGCUGAAAUUUAAAAAGUACUAGCCAGGAGAAUUAAAGAUUUCUCCGAAAAAAUUGAAGUCAAUUACAGCACAAAAGUAUUUAAUGUCGAUGUAUAAAGCUAGACAUUUUAAGCAAUUUAUUAAGAUGGUAAAGUGUAAUAAAAGGGGGAUUAUGAAUAGAUCUUUGCUGCAGACGGAACAUUUUCAGUCGUGAAGCAAGCAUUUAUUUAAUAGCCGGGUUUCAGCUAUUCAAUAUAAUAUAGCGGAUACGGCUACACUGAAUUACAAAUUCCAGCCAUGAUUGAUGAAAAUGGUGGGCGCAAAUUUAGAGUAUAAGAGAAUACAUUUUUCAACUGGGCUAGAAAUGGUCUAGAUAUGAGUAUGAUGGGUAUGCCUAACUAUGAAGGAGAUAUAAAUAUUGGUUUAUAUCUAAAAGUCAAAGGUGAGAAUUCAUUUGAAUACUUUAAGCAAGACUUUAAAUUAUUCGAGGAAUUCAUGCAUAAAAAUUAUCCAGACACAAAAUACUUAAUGCCUAAUAUGAAGGAAUUCUAUGAUAACUCAUAGAUUACUAGAUUGCUUAAUAUGAAAUGUUCUCCUUGGAAUUUCGGUAAUUUAUUGUUAAUUGGAGAUUCUGCACAUUCAAUGAAUCCUUUCAGUGGCCAAGGCUUUAAUGGUAGUAUGGAAGAAUGUGUGCUUAUUGCUGAUUUAUUUGAGAAAUUCAGAGGAGAUUGGAGUAAAAUUAAUCCCGCCUUUUUUUAAUUAAGAAAAGAUGUGACCGACAAAAUGAAUGAUUUUCCUGAUGCAUAAUUUUCAAUUAUUAAGGAUAAAUUCAAUGAUCCAGAUUGUCAAAUAGGAAUUAUGAUAACUGAUUACCUAUGCAGAUUGUAUGGAGAUGUAUUUGAUUCUUAAAAUUAGUUGAUAAGGUGGACUACAACUGACUAUAAUAUUUGCCUCGGAAGAGGCUAGGUGCAAGCUCAUCUUAUAAAUGAACUACGAUAAAAAGUUCCUGAAAUCUUAAUCUUGAUUAAAGCUAACUAAUUUGAUUAACGAGUUUAUGAUAUUGUGUCUUAAUACAAGGGAGUGCACAAUUUAGAGGAAUUUUUGAGUGAAAAAAAUAAUCAAGAUCAGAAAAAGAGUUAAGAUGAUUUUGAAAAUCUAUUUGAGAAGUAUAUGCAUGGUUACUAGAAAAACUAACCUAAACUUUGA